AUGAAUGGGAACAAUGGAGUACAAGAUCCGAUAAUGGAAAGUAAGGCGAGUGUAGUUUACAUGUCCGGUUACCUCCCAGGAGCUGCGCCGGAGAAAUCCCCAAUUCUCUCUCCUGUUCCCGUUCGGCUUCCGGCGGCUGUUCAUGGCGGAGAUUCGUGGAAAGACGUAUGUGGCGGCGGUUGUGGAUUCGCUAUGGCUAUUUCAGAGAAUGGGAGGCUUAUAACUUGGGGAUCUUCUGAUGAUGAAGGACAGAGCUAUGUGGCUUCUGGGAAGCAUGGGGAAACUCCAGAGCCGUUUCCUCUUCCAACAGAGGCUCCAGUCAUACAGGCUUCUUCAGGAUGGGCACAUUGUGCUGUUGUAACAGAGGUUGGUGAAGCAUUUACUUGGGGCUGGAAGGAGUGCAUUCCAUCAAAGGAUCUUGGUGGAGGAAAGCAGCAGAGUGGCUCGAGUGAGCAAGGUUCAAAUGCAUCCAGUGGUGUGUCAUUACAGAAUGAGAGCCGAAAGGUUGGAGAGGAACCUGUGAAGCGGAGACGGGUUUCAACAGCCAAGGAUGAGACGGAAGGCCUUACAUCUGGUUUAGACUUCUUCGCUACAACACCUUCACUUGUGAGUGUUGGCCUUGGAGUGAGGAUCACCAGUGUUGCUACUGGUGGUAGGCAUACUCUCGCAUUGUCAGAUAUAGGACAGGUUUGGGGUUGGGGAUAUGGAGGUGAAGGGCAGUUAGGAUUGGGUUCCCGGGUUAAAAUGGUGUCGUCUCCACAUCUAAUACCUUGCCUUGAGCUACCUGGACCUGGAAAAGAAAGAUCUUUCAUAUCACAACAAGGGGCAGCAACCACGUCUACUCAAGUUUUAAGAGUUCCUGGCCAGUAUAUAAAGGCGAUCUCUUGUGGAGGGCGUCAUAGUGCGGCAAUUACAGAUGCUGGACGGUUGAUCACUUUCGGCUGGGGACUCUAUGGACAGUGUGGCCACGGAAACACAAAUGAUCAGUUGAGGCCCAUGGCUGUGUCAACAUUGCAGAAUGUUCAGAUGGAAAGCGUAGCAGCUGGGUUGUGGCAUACAAUUUGCAUCUCUAGUGAUGGUAAAGUGUUUGCCUUUGGUGGAAACCAAUUUGGGCAAUUGGGAACUGGCACUGAUCAUGCUGAGACGAUACCGAGGUUGCUGGAUGGCCAGAAUCUGGAGAACAAACACGCAAGUGUAGUUAGCUGCGGAGCGCGACAUAGUGCGGUUUUGUCAGAAGAUGGUCAGUUACUAUGCUGGGGAUGGAACAAAUACGGACAGCUGGGACUAGGGGACACGAUCGACCGGGACAUUCCUACACAAGUCCAGUUCGAUGUCUGCAGACUUAGAAAAGUGGCGUGUGGAUGGUGGCAUACGUUACUACUAGCUGACUCACCCACUUGA